AUGAGUGUUCAUGAAAGUGAAUUGGAAGAGAUUUCCAGGAUAGUUGCUGAAAAGGUUAUCGGCAAAGAUAGCGAUUGCGCGGGUGGUAUAUCUAGUGGGUUAACGGAAGAGAUCCAGAUUGCCCCCGAGAGUGCAUCCGAUUCGGAAGGAGAAACAUUUGGUUCACCCACAGAAGCACGGCGAGACAGUUUUUUUGAACAAUUGUCAAAAAAGGACCCACGAUAUAAAGUUAAAUUGCAAAAGACAAAGGCUGACGAUUCAAUGGCGGAACAAACUCUAAAACAAUUAAUCGACGCGUUGCAAGUUUUGGGUGUGCGAAAUACUGAACGACGAUUCGACGUGCGCGACGUUAAAGAUAUCGUUGUAGCUUUUGACCCUGAUGUCCCCACCACCCCAACGGCGGAACAAUGGGUUGAAACAAUUGAUAAAGCUGCUGCUCUGUAUAAGGCAAACGAUGAGUGGAAGCUGCAGUGUGGCAUCGUCAACUUGCAAGGUGCAUCAAAAUUGUGGUUUAGUGGUGUCGAAGUAACGACAUGGCAAGAGUUCAAAACGAAAUUGAUACGCGAUUUUCCCAGUUCGGUAGAUGUGGUUAGCAUACAUCAGACGAUGAUGAGCCGAAAAAAGUUGGCUAGUGAAAGUAUAGAAACGUACUUUUAUAGCCAUGUUGCGAUGGGAAAGAAAGGAAAACUACCGGACGAAGCUAUUAUAAAAUAUAUCGUAUCGGGUCUAGAAGGUCGCUACGGGACCAUCGCGCAGAUCGGAAGUCUACCGGAUUUGUUGAAGCAGCUGAAGUGGUUGGUUGAGCUAAAAGAUCUAAAGCCAGUCGAAAACAAUUCUCGUGCUACGCCAUCGCGAUUUGUUAAGCCGACGGGAACAAUGAACAUGAAAUGCUAUCGUUGUGGCACUGUAGGACACGUUGCUGCAACCUGUAGUGAGAAAACCAGUGCAAAAAUACAAAGUGUUGAAUGUUUUCGCUGUAACCAAAAGGGCCACAUAGCGAAAAACUGUGGCAAGUUUGGUUCUAAGGAAAAAGCCAGAAUCAUGCAAGAGAUCAGCCAACAGAGCAAUUUUGUUAAAAAUGUGCAAAUUGGUGACUGUAACCUAGACGCGCUGUACGAUUGUGGAUCGGCAGUUACUACCAUAAAGCAAAAUUGCCGCCGUGCAUUGAAUAAUAUUGAACGAUGUGAUCUAGUGUUAAUCGGGUUCGGCGGGAAUAAAGUGAACGUUACGGAAAAAAGCACUGAAGUGCUAAUCGUCGAUGGAUUAAAUCUGGAAUCGGCUGUGUACGUAGUCCCGAAUCACGUACAAGCUAAUGCAGUAAUUAUCGGUCGAGAUAUUCUUGACCGUGAAGACAUACGUUUCAUCAAAGAAAAGGGUAGUGCCAGAAUAGAACAAAUUAUUUCCAGUGACUAUAAAGAUGAAGAUGCAGCUGUUAGUGGUGGCCGGCGAGAUGUGUUUAAUGUUCGAGCAUUUGAACCCAUUGAGGCGACGGAAAUCAACGUAGAUGGCGAAGAAGAACGGGGAAGAAUUUUGGAAGUAGUGCAACGAUACCGACAUUGUUUUGCGAAAAAUUACCAUGAAAUGGGUACGGCAAAGGACUGCGAGAUGGUGAUCGAAAUGUCUGGUUCGGAAAAGCCCGUUUAUACCAAACAAUAUCCCCUGGAAUAUUCUCGGGAGAAAGUAGUUGAAUCAACAGUGAAGGAGUUAAUGGAAGCGAACAUAAUUCAGCCGUCGAAGUCACCAUAUAAUAGUCCGACAGUACUUGUACGAAAAAAGAAUGGUGAUUGGAGAAUGGUCGUCGACUACAGGGCCGUAAAUGCGAGAACGGUGAAAGACAAGUGGCCGAUGCCAAUAAUCGAAGAUUGUCUAAACAGACUGGUUGGAGGACAUUUGUUUAUUGCCAUGGAUUUAUUCCGCGGGUAUCAUCAAAUCCCUAUCGCGGAAGGCAGUCGUAAAUUUACCGCAUUUUCAACUCCGCAUGGGCAUUUUGAAUAUUUAAAGAUGCCAUUUGGUUUAUCGAACGGAAGUGCAGUGUUUCAACGGAUGAUAGAUUCAGUUAUUGCGCCAUUGCGGUCGUUGGGAUUUGUUGCGUAUUUAGACGAUGUGACAUUCGGAGGCGGCGAUAUCGAAGACGUUAUGAAGAAGCUUGAAAUAUUUCUGGGCAAGCUGAGCGAACACGGGUUAACGGCAAAUUUGGAGAAGACGCAUUUUCUCAAAACAUCGAUCAACUUUUUGGGUCAUGAGAUAAGUGAAGGUGAGAUUCGACCGGGAAUUGAGAAAGUCGUUGCAAUCCGGGAAUUUCCUAGUCCAACGAACGUGAGAAAUGUUAGAGAGUUUCUCGGUCUCGCUAACUACUUCAGACGGUUUGUGAAGGAGUUCAGUAUUACAGCGGAGCCAUUAACUAGACUGACCAAGAAGGAGGCAGAAUUCGUCUGGAACGAACAACAGCAGCAAGCUUUUCAGAACCUUAAAGAAGUGCUUAUUAGUCGACCGGUUGUAGUUAUGUACGAUCCCGAGAAAGACAUCGAACUACACACAGAUGCGUGCUCGCAUGGACUGUCGGGCGUUCUGCUGCAAAAGAUGGAUGACGGUCUUCAUGCCAUCAGCUAUUUCAGUCGCAAAACGUCUGAAACCGAGAAUCGAAAAUAUAGCUAUGAGCUUGAGGCUUUAGCGAUUGUGGAAUCAGUGGAAAGGUAUAAAAAAUAUUUACUUGGAAGACAGUUUCUGAUCGUAACAGACUGUGAAGCCGUUAAAAAGACUGUGGAGAAGAAGCAAAUGUUACCGGUAGUGGCAAGAUGGUUAUUAAAACUACAGGAAUAUGACUAUGAACUAGUGCACCGGAAGGGUGAAAAGAUGAAACAUGUAGACUGCUUAAGCCGUAAUGCCGUUGAAGAGCCGGAAUGCGAAGAACCGGAACCAGUAGUGGCACAUGUCAUGGAAGUGAGCAUUCGUGAAGAUCAGUGGCUGAAGCUGUUGCAGCGUGAGGACGAAAAGCUGCACGAGAUUAUGAAAAUUUUAUCAGCUCCACCAGUGGAACAGGGGCAGACAAAUUUACAAAGAAUACGCUCUAAAGGAGGAGGGCGUGAUGCGAAGAUGCAGUGA